AUGAAAAUUAAAAAACAAAAAUUGGGUAGGCCAGCAAGGAAUUACUUUACACAAGAUUAUAUUGAGCACAAACGACGAGUUAAUGCGCCACCACCAAAAAGUACGGUUCCUAUUGCAACGUUCAGGAUCGUGUGUGACCCAAUUAAAAUCUUUUCUUUGAGUGAAGCGAAAACUAGCGUUUGUGUUGGAACACUUUCCGGUUGCAAAGAAGGUAGACUCUAUGUCGAUGAAAGCUAUUUAAUUAGUUCAUUACAUUGUCAACUCGUAAUAGUG